GUGAUGACGUCAGAACUUGCGUGCAGCGUGAGCCGGGCGUCAGAUGCAGCAGUCAGAGGUCGGCGGCUCCCCCAGCGUCCUGCUGGUCGAAGCGUUUUAUGGCGGCUCUCACAAACAGCUGAUCGACCUUCUGAAGGAGAACAUCGAUGGAUGCUCCGUCUUCACGCUGCCGGCCAAGAAAUGGCACUGGAGAGCGAGAACGGCAGCUCUGUACUUCAGCCAGACCAUUCCUGUCUGUUCAUCAUACAGGGUUCUGUUUAGCAGCUCCGUUCUGAACCUGUGUGAGCUGGUGGCUCUCCGACCCGAUCUGGCCCGGCUGAAAAAGGUCCUGUACUUCCAUGAGAACCAGCUGGCCUACCCGGUCCGUAAAGACCAGGAGCGAGACUUCCAGUACGGAUACAACCAGGUGCUCUCAUGCCUGGUGUCGGAUGCGGUGGCCUUUAACUCCCGCUUCAACAUGGAGUCCUUCCUGUCCUCCAUCGGCUCGUUCAUGAAGAAGAUCCCAGACCACAGACCCAAAGACCUGGACCAGCUGAUCCGUCCAAAGUGUGUGGUUCUGAACUACCCGGUCCAGUUCCCUGACGUCAGCAGUCUGCUGCCUGAACACAAACUGAGACGUCUCCACCGUUCUGCAGAGACCAAUCAGCAGCAGACGUCGAGGUGUGAAGAGGAUCCAUCACCUGAUCCCAGAACCGUUCUGACACCAGUGGACCAGGUGAAGCCUCUACACAUUGUGUGGCCUCAUAGGUGGGAACACGACAAGAACCCGGAGCUGUUCUUCAACACUCUGAUCAAACUGAAGGAAAAGCAGCUGGAUUUCCAGCUGUCAGUGCUGGGAGAGACGUUCACCGAUGUGCCAGAGAUCUUCUCCUCCGCCCAGCAGCUGCUCCAGUCCAACAUCCUGAACUGGGGCUUCCUGCCCAGUAAGGACCAGUACCUGAAGGUGCUGUGUGACGCCGACGUCGUCGUCUCCACCGCCAAGCACGAGUUCUUCGGAGUGGCAAUGUUGGAAGCAGUUCACUGUGGAUGUUUCCCUCUGUGUCCAAAGGCUCUGGUGUAUCCCGAAAUAUUCCCAGAUCAGUACCUGUACUCGACCCCUGAGCAGCUCUGUAAGCGUCUGCAGGAACUCUGCAGGAGGCCCGACCUCGCCCGUAGACAUGUCGUCAUGGUGGACACCUCAUUGUACUCCUGGACUUCUCUAAAACCACAAUUCCAGGCUCUCCUAUCUGCGGAAGGUACCUGAACGCAUCACAAUGCUGGUUAUUUAACUUCCUCUGAGCUGUGAAUCAGAGCGGUUCUGUUCUGAGUCGAGUUGGAUCAGAGUGAACUUUCAAACCCAGGCAGGAAACUAAGUCCAGAUUAGAGAUUCCUCGUGCUCUUAAUCUGGCAUCUCGCUGCAGGAAUAAGCAGCCGGGUCCAGCUUCUGGUUCUGAGUCUUUCAUGGGUUUACGACUGUUUUUCAGUCAACAAAUGUCUGUAAACGUUUAUUUUAAUCAAAAUAUAUAUGUUUUUUAAUAAAAGACGUUAAAUAAAUCCUGA